AUGUAUCAAUUACCAGAUAUCGCUACACUCCCUGGAUUACCACAACAAGAACAAGAUCAAGUAUUAAUCCAUCUUUUCGAAGAAUCAAAUACUUUAAUUCAAUACUUGAGACCUUAUCUAUCAACUCCAUUCACAUCAUAUUUAGAUUUCAUUCAAACUUCAAGAGAUGCUUUUUUAAAACUAGUAAAUGAUCGUGAUUUAAAAGAAAUCCAAACAGAUUAUAGAGUUCAUGAUAUAAUUUCAUGUCAUCCAAGAUUAGGUGUCCCCAAAACGGUUAAACUUAGUGAACAUUCAAGUAAAGAACAAGCUUCAUUACAAUCAAAUGAUGAAAUAAUUUCAAAAUUUAUUAAAUUAAAUGAAGAUUAUGAAUCUCAAUAUCCUGGUUUAAAAUUUGUAUUAUUUGUUAAUGGAAGAUCAAAAGAUCAAGUCAUUGAGUUAUUCAAUUCAAGAAUUGAAAGAAAUGAUUAUAAACAAGAAGUUAUUGAUGCUUUAAAUGCAAUGUGUGAUAUUGCUAUUGAUCGUUAUAAAAAAUUAUCUGCAAAAAUAUGA